AAAGAUAAAAAACAAAUGGUUGAUAGAUACAUCGAGUUGCCAAGUCUGGAUUUAACGCCGGGUAAAUACGGGUCUCGCUGCCUUGACAUUGAAGGAAAAAUAUUUUCGUCUUUGUUCAAGGUUCUCUUGAUCGCCAGACCGGGACGAUUACAUCCUAAAUCCGGUAAAGUUUGUGAAGGGGAAGAUUUUUUAAUGUUCCGCUUGGCUUCCAACUUGUUACCUGAGCGAGCAGUUCAGUUCCUUACUGCUUCCUACUUCAGAGCCAACGCCUGGUAUAGUCUUGGUGCAGGAAAAUUCCACAGUACGCAGGUUAUAGUCGAACAUCCAAAUAUGAAGAUCAAAAUUUUACCAGCACUCUCUGACAAUUAUAUGUAUCUGUUAAUGGAUGAAACCACAAAGGAAGCAGCCAUUGUGGACCCAGUGGAGCCAAAGACAGUGUUGGCAGCGGUUGAAGAAGCAGGAGUCAAUCUCACUACCGUCCUGACAACCCAUCAUCACUGGGAUCAUGCCGGUGGGAACAAAGCAUUGGUCGAAACAUUCGACAAACCCCUGAGAGUCCUUGGCGGUGACGACCGCAUUGAAGCCCUUACGCAAAAGGUUUCCCAUGGAGACAAGUUUACAGUGGGCAGUCUGAACAUCGAGUGUCUGUUUACCCCAUGUCAUACGCAGGGUCACAUCUGCUAUAAUGUCACUGUUGAAGAUGCAAGUCAGAAGCCAGUUGUGUUUACAGGUGACACUCUUUUCCUUGGUGGUUGUGGAAAAUUCUUUGAAGGAAAUGCCACAGAGAUGUAUAAAGCUCUGAUUGAAAUUCUUGGUUCCCUACCUGAUCACACAGAAGUAUACUGUGGUCAUGAAUAUGCCUUGCAAAAUCUUGCCUUUGGGGCGCAUGUUGAGCCUGACAACGAAACUAUCAAGCAGAAGAUUGCUUGGGUGAAGGAACGCAGGGAUAACGGACUGCCUUCAGUGCCUUCUACAAUCGGUGAAGAGAAACAGCUCAACCCCUUCAUGAGAGUGAAUGAGAGCCCUGUCCAGAAACAUGCAGGAACGAGCGAAGGAAUAGAGACCAUGGCAGCCGUCAGGAGAGAAAAGGACAACUGGAAAGCUCCCAAAAACUGAAAAUUGCCUGAAAUACAUAAGGAUGAUGUCUUAAUCCCAGUAGAUCUUCAUUUUCUAUCGCUCUUUUUUUUACCCCAGAUUUUAUGAGGUCCUUUUUUUGUAGGAAGGAAAUGUCUGUUUUGCUUUGUUUUUGUAAGGUAUUGUGCAGAAAAAUACUUUAAAUUACAUUUUAGAAUUAUAAAUAGAUGCUGUAACUCCUAAGUAAAAUUUCCACAUCAAACCGAUUCAGAGACCUACAUAUCAGCAUGAAUAAUUAUAAAGUCUUCUUCAAUCUUCAUAAUAUAUUGCUCAAGAGAAAGAGUUGCAGUCAGAUUGCUAAUUGUACAUACAUAUACAUAGACUGCUUACCUUCAGUAUUGUAACAAGAAAAAAAAGUGUAGAUAACAAUAGAUUCAGGAUAAUGAAAAAGUGACUGGCUUUGGAUGCUACUCUGAGAACUGGCUUCUUAUUUAACAAAAGAUUGGUAGGACAUUACUCAUAAUUACUCAUAAUGUUUUCAGGUUUUUUAUGUGUAUUAUGAGAGCUUGAACUUUUUGUAAUUCUGCCAGUAUUCUAAUAAAUUAAGGAAUGAUGCA